CUCUCCCGGCCUGCCCCGCGCCGCCACCGCCGCCGCCGCCGCCGCCGCCGUGGGUGCGGGCCGCUCGCCGCCGCACUUGUCUCCGUCGCCGGCGCGCCCGCCCUGCCCGCGGCCGCCAUGGGCUCCCUGCUCAGCCGGCGCAUCGCGGGCGUGGAGGACAUCGACAUCCAGGCCAACUCGGCCUACCGCUACCCGCCCAAGUCCGGAAACUACUUUGCAAGUCACUUCUUUAUGGGAGGCGAGAAGUUUGACACACCUCACCCCGAGGGCUACCUUUUUGGGGAGAACAUGGAUCUAAACUUCCUUGGGAAUAGACCUGUUCAGUUUCCCUAUGUAACUCCAGCUCCACAUGAGCCUGUGAAGACACUGAGAAGUUUGGUGAAUAUCCGCAAAGACUCUCUCCGUCUUGUGAGGUAUAAAGAUGAUGUUGACAGCCCUACUGAGGAGAAUGGGAAGCAGAAAGUCCUGUACAGCCUGGAGUUCACAUUUGAUGCAGAUGCCCGCGUUGCCAUCACAAUCUACUGCCAAGCUACGGAGGAGUUUGUCGGUGGCAUGGCAGUAUACAGCACAAAGAAUCCCUCUCUGCAGUCGGAGACGGUUCAUUACAAGAGAGGGGUAAGCCAGCAAUUCUCCCUGCCUUCCUUCAAGAUUGAUUUCUCAGACUGGAAGGAUGAUGAGCUCAACUUCGACUUGGACCGUGGUGUGUUCCCGGUGGUCAUCCGAGCGGUGGUAGACGAAGGGGACGUGGUGGUUGAGGUGACAGGUCAUGCCCAUGUUCUUCUGGCUGCAUUCGAAAAGCACGUUGAUGGCAGUUUCUCCGUGAAGCCUUUAAAGCAGAAGCAGAUUGUUGACCGGGUGAGCUAUCUGCUUCAGGAGAUUUAUGGCAUCGAGAACAAAAACAACCAAGAGACCAAGCCUUCAGAUGACGAGAACAGUGACAACAGCAAUGAGUGCGUGGUUUGCCUCUCGGACCUCCGCGACACCCUCAUUCUGCCCUGCAGACACCUCUGUCUGUGCAACUCCUGUGCGGACACCCUGCGCUACCAGGCCAACAACUGCCCCAUCUGCAGGCUGCCCUUCCGCGCCCUGCUGCAGAUCCGAGCUGUGAGGAAAAAGCCAGGGGCUCUGUCGCCGGUGUCGUUCAGCCCUGUCUUGGCGCAGACUGUCGACCACGAUGAGCACUCUUGUCCCUUUAAGUCCAUUAAAGUGAACACUGUCUCCCUGCCCAGCAGGAAACCUAGAAGGGAAACAAGCUCUGACAACAUCCCUCCAGGGUACGAGCCCAUUUCCUUGCUGGAAGCUCUGAAUGGCCUUCGCUCUGUUUCCCCCUCCAUCCCGUCAGCUCCUCUGUAUGAAGAGAUCAGCUACUCUGGCGUGGUGGAUGGGAUGCCCCCUGCAAGCCGGCCACUUGUCGGGAUGGACAGAGCCGUGGAGAGCAGCCACCAAAAGGGCAAGCGGAGCAAGUCUCCAGAUAGCACACUACGGUCUCCCUCGUCGCCCAUCCACGAGGAGGAUGAAGAGAAGCUCUCCGAGGACUCCGACUCGCAGCCAGCGCUGAGCGGGGGUGAGCUGGUCCUGAGGGAGACCAGCUCUCCAGAGAGCAUGGCAGGGGAAGAGAUCGAGGAGGCCUCAUCCCUGCAGCAAGGUAGCCGUCCUCCCUCCGUCGAAGACGUCCUGCAGGACAGCAGCUGCAGUGAGCACAGGAGCUUGACGCAGUCGGAGAGCGACCCGCCGGUAGACGUCUACCUGCCAGCACUGGGUCCUGAUUCCUGCUCUAUUGGUAUAGAGGAGUAAGCUGGCUCAUCUGACUUCACCAAGACGCUCCCAGGCCUUGGCAGCGGCAGCCCCACGCAGCCCCUCCUCUUCGAGCAGACGCGUCUUCACCUGGAGGACGAGCAGAGCCUCUCGUGAGCGGGGCCGGCCCUCCCCGCCCCUGCCGCCGGCCCCCAGCCUCGGCCUCCACCUCCGCCCCGGGGCUGCCGGCCGGCUCGCUCGCGGGGAAGUGAGGCCGGGGCGAGGGGGCCUGGGCAGCCCCUCACCAAGGGCCUGCGCUCGCCCCACCUCGGGCUUUUUAAGAAGACGUGCAUGUUUCUAGAACUCUCCGUCUGCCAGCGUGGGGGGGGGGGGUAG